CACACAUCGGGAAUGCAGUGAGGAGCUGCGGCUGCUGCUGAAGGCCUCAGGAUCCGUGACAAAGUAGGUUAACGACGCCCAACCUAAAAGAAAGUUAUUUCGGGACAACUUUCACUGACCUUUGGACAUUUAACCGGAGGUGUAGAUUGUGUUUGUCUGGCUCAUUCCAAGCGAUGAGACCGAAAGGAAGAGGGGAGUCACUGUAAAGGUACUGUAAAAGCCUGCCAUGUCCGGUCCCACCUGGCUUCCACCGAGGACUCUGGACAGCCCAGAGCGAGCCGUCCCCCAGAUGUCCCACUCUGCAGGGUCAGCCAUCUACAGAGCCCCCAACAAGAAGGGCGUGUCGGACUUCCGGCCAAAAUAUGGUCCCUAUGACCAGAACGGAGGAGGAGGAGGAGGAGGAGGAGGGAUGGCCAACAGAUACAUGGCUACUGGACCUACAGGUGGACCCAUUCAUCAUCCAUCUAGCGAUCACUAUUACUCCCCCGCCCAUGGUCCCAAAGAAGACCGCACCUGGAGCCCUCACAUGGAUAGCUACGAGCUAAUGCACCGUGGACCUGAGAAGCCAGUGAGCUAUCACUCUAAAAUUGAUGCUGAUAUUGACUCCCUGACCAGUAUGCUUGCUGAUCUGGACAGCCACCCACAGGACUCCAGCACACAACUGUACGACAACGUGGCGUACGACAACGUGCCUUACAACAAAUACCUCUCAGGGGAUCACUACAAACCUGCACACCAGAGCGCAGCCCCUCCUCAGGGUCGGCCAUCCAUGGGCUACCCCCCCCACCCCCAGAGCCAAUACCACCCGGCUCCUCCUUACCCCAGUGAUCACCAGACACCUCAGUACUCCACCUCCCACCAGCAGGACUACUACUCCUCCUCUUCAACCCCUAAGCCUUACCCACAGCCCGUCCCGGCCUCCUACACCACCGCCUCGACCCCCACCGGGCCCAGGUUCAGCGUCCAGGUCAAGACGGCGCAGCCUGUCACCUACUCGCAGACGGGGAGGCAGGCGGAGCAGGCCUACACCCCGCCCCCUCCUCGCCAGCACGUGUCACGCCCCCCGCCCCAGACUCAGGCAAGUCCUCAGGGCUGGUACCCUCCGCACCCAGGUUCACAAGCUCAAGAUCUGCACUCUGAGGCCGGGUACAAGGGGAGCAGCUCAGGUUCUGGAGGAAGAGUCAGCCAGGUUCCAGUAUCUAAGAGAGGGAUGGAGAAUAAUCAGACUGGGUCAGGAGCUGCACAGAGUUCUGCUUAUCAGUCCAGCAAGGGAAUAGCAACAACCAGGCCUGAGGAGGAGCUGGAUCGACUCACUAAGAAGUUGGUAUAUGAUAUGAACCACCCCCCUACAGAGGACUAUUUUGGUCGCUGCGCCCGCUGCGGUGACAACGUGGUCGGCGAUGGCAGCGGCUGCAUUGCCAUGGAGCAGGUGUUUCACGUGGAGUGUUUCACGUGCAUCACCUGCCACGCCCGUCUCCGAGGGCAACCCUUCUACGCUUUGGACAAGAGGAGCUACUGCGAGAGUUGUUACAUUAGCACACUGGAGCGCUGUUCAAAGUGCUCCAAGCCCAUCCUGGACCGUAUCCUGCGGGCCAUGGGAAAGGCCUACCAUCCGCGCUGUUUCACCUGCGUUGUCUGUAACUGCUGCUUGGAUGGGGUGCCCUUCACUGUGGACGCCACGUCUCAGAUCCACUGCAUAGAAGACUUUCACAGAAAGUACGCUCCUCGCUGCUCAGUGUGUGGUGAGCCCAUCAUGCCUGAGCCGGGCCAGGAAGAGACGGUCAGGAUAGUGGCUCUGGAUCGUAGCUUCCAUGUCAAUUGUUACGUCUGUGAGGAAUGUGGUCUUCUGCUGUCGUCUGAGGGGGAGGGUCGAGGCUGUUACCCGCUCGACGGACACAUCUUGUGCAAGAGCUGCAGCGCUCGCCGCAUCCAGGACCUCUCGGCCAAAAUCUCCACCGACUGUUGACGGGCUCUGACCAUGACUCGACGCACGUUGCUUUGGUUCCCUCUGUUGGUCUGCAGCUUCAAUUUCAUUUACAGAGGAACGUUUUCUGUUUUACUGAUUCAAAUGAGAGAGUUAACAACAGAGCUGCCGCUUCCGUUUCAUUCAGAUGUCCUACCACAUUUUCCUCGUUUUUUUUUUGUUACGCAGCUGCCCUGCUUUUCAUAUUUAGCACAGUAUUAGUACGACAGUGGCCUGACCUGCAGGCAGCUUGGGCUCCACUUACCAUUUAUCCACACCGGUACUGUUCACUUAGUAGCUUGCACAUUUUUAUCACCGUCAGAGACAAUGAAAGUAUGGAGAGAAAUCACAGAUUUAGGCCUGAACACAAGUAUUUCUGUAGAGUAGUGACACCUGUCUACACGAUGGGAUCUGUACAUUUGUAAAACACUAAACAUCAAAGUGCAGAACUGCCUCAAAACAAGAAUUUUAAAAGCACAUAACAACGACUGUGACUGUACAUACAAAAGUGACUGGUUUUGGUUUGACAGUGAAACUCUACUGGAGAGCAUGUAGCCUUUAGUGUGGUGAAUCUUUGCAGUGAGGUAGCGUCAUAGAACGAGAAAUGUAGACGAAAGGAAUGUGUAGUUACUACAACCCACCACCCCUUUGUUUUUGUUUUUUUUUCUCUUUAACUUUUAAUGAAUGCGAGUAUAACAUUUGCUUUAAUACAUCUUAUCCAUCUCAGCGUUCAAACGUCACAGUAUCAUGUCGUUUAGCUGAUAAAUCAGAGCUCGUUACAGGAUUAUCGCCAUUUUUUCAAUCAUGCGGAUAAACGUUCUUGAAUGUCUACGAUACACAAUCUUGCUUCAGUUUUUGUUUAAUAUUUGUUGUUUGGUUGAUACUUGACUGUUACAUUGAAGAUGAUGGUGCAAUGAAGUCAAAUGCUUUCUUGUGUCUAAAGGAAUACAGGGUGUUUGUCACUUGCGCGGCUUGAAAACAUCCUACUGUGUGAAGCUUGAGCCACAUGUGAAGAGUCUGUAUAUAUGGGGAAAGUAUGAAGCUAAAGUUGUAGUAAAUUUAAAAGUAUAUUGGUUCAGUUCAUUUACUUGACAAAUACUUUUAAAUACCAGUUAUUCUUUACAUUAGAUGAAAUAAAAGUGGAAUUAAUGCGAUGGAUUUCCCCCCAAAAGAACUGGACAGUGGUUUUGGAUUACAAGCCUUCACAUGUUUAUUUUUGUUCAUCUUGCACUCAUGUGGGCCAAGUUGUCAUAUUCUGAGACUUUGGAGCUACAGUAUUUGUUAUGAUUGUGUUUAACCGCUGUCUUUCCGUCCUCAUUUUGUAUAUGUGUAACUUAAAAGGGCUAGAAAUUCGAAAGCCUUACCUCAAGGAUGUCAUUCGGUUUCAUACUGAUCCUGUUUUUGAAACUGGGUUUGUCUGUGAAUUCUGCGUAUGUUGUGACAGAACUUGAUCAUGCUAAAACAGCUCAUUUCUUUGUUAAUUUAUCUCAUAAUGUAUAUACUGUAUUAGCAUUAAUCUGCUUUUUAUCAUCUAGCUAGUCAUUUCAUUCAUGCUCAGAUGUGUCAUUUUAAAAAUCCUGAAUCAUGCCAACUCAUCUCUUCAUCAUCUUUACUGUAUGUUCUGUUUGAAAUGCUGUGAAUUAGAGUUUGUAGGUCAAAAAUCUGCGGUACUGCAGCAGACUUAAGUCCGCUGAUGAAUUCACACCGAGAGGAAGGAGGAGGAAGAGGAGGAGAAGGAGGCCAUUUUGUACUGAAUAAACAGGUUGUUGAAGUAGAAGUGACAGUUAGUUACAUGAAUGGGAGAGCAUGUGAACCCAAGGGUGGAUUUUCUCCUAAUGCAGGUUGUAGUAACAUAAUUGAUUAUUAAAAUGUCAGCAAAUUCA